AUCAUGAAUGAACCUGCCUCUAGUGGAAAUGGUCAAGAGUUUGAUGUUUUCAGUGCUAUGGACUGGAAGGAUGGCAUAGGGACUUUGCCAGGAAGUGACCUAAAGUUCAGAGUGAAUGAAUUUGGGGCCCUGGAAGUGAUCACAGAUGAAACUGAGAUGGAGAGUGUUAAAAAGGCAACUGCUACCACCACCUGGGUGGUUCCAACUGCUCAAGAAGCCUUUUCAGAAAAGACAGGGAUCUCCACGAGGUUGAAGGACACUGCAAAAAUGGAUGGACUUGUUUUCUGUGAAAACUGCUACCACUAUGGUACCAUAGAAGAAUUUGUUCCUGAAGGGAAAUUCUGCAGCCAGAAAUGUGCCCAGCAAGUGAAAAACAAAGAACCAAAGGAGGAAAAGCCCAGCAUGGACUGCAAUGGGGAAGAUGAUUCCAAAGGCAUUCGGAAAAGGAAAGCAAAAUUACCUCUCAAGGAAGAGUCCAGGGAUAAUGAAGAGAAGAAAGAGAACCCUGAGGAAACUGAAGACAAACCUGAAGGAAGGAUCUUGAGAGUCUCACAAAGGGCCCGAAGGAAAAGGAAAGGAGAUACAAUGGUUUUGAAACAAACUGUACCCUCUAAAGGACGGCAGGCAUGGUGCUGGGCAUCCUACCUGGAGGAGGAAAAGGCCAUUGCAGUACCUACUAAGCUUUUUAAAGAGUAUCAGUCUUUUCCAUACAACAAGAAUGGAUUCAAAGCAGGGAUGAAGCUGGAGGGCGUGGAUCCUGAGCACCAGUCCAUGUACUGUGUGCUGACAGUGGCUGAGGUCUGUGGCUACAGAAUACGACUGCACUUCGAUGGGUACCCAGACUGCUACGAUUUCUGGGUCAAUGCUGAUGCUGCAGACAUCCAUCCUGUUGGGUGGUGUGAGAGGACAGGUCACAAGCUUCAUCCACCUAAAGGCUAUAAGGAGGAAGAGUUCAGCUGGCCCUCCUACCUGAAGGCAUGCAAGGCUCAGGCUGCUCCUAAGUCCCUGUUUGAAAACCAGAAUGCAACAGUGAUCCCUUCAGGAUUCCGUGUGGGCAUGAAGCUGGAAGCGGUGGACAAGAAGAACCCAACUUUCAUUUGUGUUGCCACGGUGACAGACAUGGUGGACAACAGGUUCCUGGUGCAUUUUGACAACUGGGACGAGAGUUAUGACUACUGGUGUGAGGCAGCCAGCCCACACAUUCAUCCUGUUGGAUGGUGUAAAGAACAUAAAAGGACUCUCAUUACCCCACCAGAUUAUCCACACGCUAAGCAUUUCUCUUGGGAGAAGUAUUUGGAAGAAACCAGCUCCUUACCUGCACCUGCAAGGGCUUUUAAAGUGAAACCUUCUCAUGGCUUUCAGAAAAACAUGAAACUUGAAGUGGUUGACAAGAGAAAUCCUGUAUUUAUCAGAGUAGCAACUAUUGUAGAUACUGAUGACUAUAGAAUAAAAGUCCAUUUUGAUGGCUGGGAUAGUAUUUAUGAUUAUUGGACUGAUGUAGAUAGCCCGGAUAUCCAUCCUGCAGGCUGGUGUGCAAAAACAGGACACCCCCUUCAGCCCCCACUCAGUCCCUUGGAAUUGGUGGAAGCUUUAGAGCAUGGAGGGUGUCCCACAGCAGGAUGUAAAGGAGUUGGGCACAUCAAAAGAGCAAGACACAUCGGCCACCAUAGUGCAGUCAGCUGCCCCUACUCUGAGAUGAACCUGCACAAAGAGAGCCUUGUCCCAGACCGGCUGAGCGGGGAGAUGCCUACAGCCAGUCCCGUGCCCAGGAGCAGGAAACUGGAGGCCAGCGAGGGAUCCACCUCUCCUCCUAGCAAUGACAGAAAGUGCCCCAGCCCUGGCCACGUGGCUGUGAAAUCUUCAGCUCACAGUCGACCACCGUCUGGGAAAACUGCAGCAGAAACAACGAAGCAGGAAGAUGCAGAAAGUAAAUCUCCUUGCAAGAAGCCCCUCCUGUGUGAUGUGAAAGAAAAGAAGGCUCCUGGUGGACUGCCGCAAACAAAGGACUCCAUAAAGAACAAAGAAUGUGAAGAAGAAGAAGAGGCAGAAACCAAGCUGCUCAUUUCCAAUGGAAUGAAAGAUGCUGCUGAACCCAACAGGCAGAGGCUUCUCUCUCAGCCAGUUAUUGUGGCUUCCAAGCUGCAAAUCCCAGGCCUGCCCCUGCGCUGGGAACAGCAGAGCAAGCUCCUGCCCAGUGUGGCUGGGAUCCCAGCCAGCAAAGUGUCUAAGUGGAGUACAGAUGAGGUCUCUGAAUUUAUAAGGAGUUUGCCAGGAUGUGAAGAACAUGGCAAGGUGUUCAAAGAGGAGCAAAUCGAUGGAGAAGCAUUUCUGCUAAUGACCCAAUCAGACAUAGUCAAAAUAAUGAGCAUUAAACUGGGACCAGCCCUAAAAAUCUUUAAUUCCAUUCUGAUGUUCAAAGCUGCAGAGAAGAACUCACACAACGAGCUCUGA